AUGGGCGGUUGGGAUGUGUAUUGCGCAAUAUGUGGCUCGACGUUCCGAAGCGACGUCUCUAUUGAUUCAGACGACGAGACCGAUUUAACGUACAGUGGGGAAGUCAUUGGACAGAGCGAUAUUAAGUGGCUAGACACGCUCUGCGCUCUUGGUAUCAAUCCUAAUGUCCCUGGGGAAACCAAAUCUUUCAUCACAGGCUUUGGGACUUAUGACGAUGCCGCUUCUAUCGAUGUAGCUCAAGGCGAGGACCCUAACGUUCCCCUUGAUGAAAGAGGCAGAGUGUCCUACUUUUCCACAUACCAUGAUUACUCCCAGGAGUCUCCUAUUGUCUUCCCUUUUCAUGAAGUCUGCUACAAGGAAAUUCUUCUCCGAUGUUUCAAGAAUGAGAAGAUAAACGGAGAUGUGCUCUAUGCUCUCUGCGAAGAGAUGAGACAAGACCUACAUAACGUGUUGGCACUGGACUACGGUGAACCCUUCCCGCCGUUUGAACAAUAUUGGGAAUGCCACAAGGGCGAAGAGGUCCUGGUGACGCAUCCCGUCAAUAUACCCCAGCUAGCGAUUCACCUGAAUUCAAUUGCAGAAGAAGAACUCGUUGUGGACGUGGAGAAGAAAAUGUCCAAAUCAGCGUCUGUACAGAACAGAUAUGAUAUAUUCGACAAGCUACCAUUUGAGUUGCGUCAGAAUAUAUUCGAAAUCCUUCCAAUUGCAUCCGUCUUUGCUAUCAAGGCUGCAUCAUAUUCAAUGCAUGCUUGUCCAUACGCAUCUUGGAAACAAAGAUUGGAAACUGACAUGCCUUGGCUUUGGGAAGUUCGUGAUAUAAAUCCGUUCAAAUCACAGGCGAUGGAGGCCAAAGUCUCUAAAAUGUUCAGUGAACUUGAGGAAAAGAGUCGAUACAACAAAAAGACGGUUGAUUACAUCCCUGGAAUUGUGAACCGCAGGCGGAUCUGGGGGAUCUGUGAAGAUAUUAAAAGUUUGUACCAAGACAAACUAGCGGAAGCGCAAGGGUACCAGCUUGACAGUACGGCAAAUCUAGCUGCGACCAGGGCUCGCUUCGCUGCCUUUAAGGCAGAGAACCCUUGA